AUGACAACAACCCUAGUGGAUGGCCGCGAGACACAACAAGACAUGUUAGUGAAGGAAAAAAUAUGCAUCGGUACGAACGGACGCAUGUCGGUGCCGCCGAACCGCGAGAACCACUACAAGAAUCUGCGCGGUCGCUACACCAACUGUACAUACGUGGAUGGCAACCUGGAGAUCACCUGGAUCCAGAAUGGCAGCAUCGAUUUAAGCUUUCUGCAGCACAUUCGCGAGGUGACCGGGUACGUGCUGAUCAGCCACGUCGACAUCCCGCAGGUGAUCCUGCCGCGGCUUCAGAUUAUCCGCGGGCGAACGAUGUUCAAGCUGAACAAAUGGGACGACGAGUUCGGGCUGUUCGUGUCCUUCUCGCAGAUGAACACGCUCGAGCUGCCGGCGUUGCGUGACAUCAUCAACGGCUCGGCGGGGAUCUUCAACAACUACAACCUGUGUCACCUAGACACGAUCAACUGGGACGAGAUCAUCUCGGAUCCGCAGGGUAGGAUUAAACACUCAUUCCAAAUGAUGCCAACGCAAUGUCCGUCGUGCCAUCACUCGUGUGAAGCGGGUUGCUGGGGCGAAGGUGCACACAACUGCCAGAAGUUCAGCAAGCUCAACUGUUCGCCUCAGUGCUCGCAGGGUCGCUGCUUUGGGUCGAAGCCUGGUGAGUGUUGCCAUCAGUUCUGCGCCGGUGGUUGUACCGGUCCGACCCAGCAGGAUUGUCUGGCGUGCAAGAACUUCUACGAUGACGGUGUGUGUAAGCAGGAGUGUCCUCCGAUGCAGAUCUAUAACCCAACAAACUACCUCUGGGAACCGAAUCCCGAUGGCAAGUAUGUGUAUGGCACAACAUGCGUGCGAAACUGUCCGGAACAUCUACUGCGUGAUAACGGAGCCUGCGUUCGUACCUGUCUACCGAACAAGAUGCCACAGAACGGAGAAUGUGUACCAUUCAAUGGACCCUGCCCGAAAACAUGUCCCGGCGAGGGCGUGGUGCAUUCGGACAACAUCGGCAAGUACAAAGACUGCAUCAUCAUCGAGGGUUCGCUGGAGAUCCUCGAUCAGACGUUCGCCGGCUAUCAGCAGGUGUUUGCGAACUUCACGUUUGGACCGCGAUACACCAAGAUCCACCCGGACCGGUUGGAAGUGUUCUCCACCGUCAAGGAGAUUACCGGUUAUAUCAACAUCCAGGGCGAUCAUCCGGACUUUACCAACCUUUCGUAUUUUCGCAACCUAGAGGUGGUCGGUGGACGUCAGCUUAAGGAGCACUUUUUUGCCUCGGUGUACAUCGUAAAGACAUCAUUGCGAUCAUUGGAGCUAAAGUCACUAAAGCGCGUCGAAUCGGGUUCGAUCGUUAUCUUGGAGAACAGCAGCCUAUGCUUUGCGGACAACAUCGAUUGGAGCAAAAUCACGAAGAGCAAUGACCAGGACACAAUCGUGCUUAGUGUUGGUGCAUCGGGGAUGGACUGUUCUGAGCAGUGUACCAGUGCCGGUUGUUGGGGCAAAGGACCGGAACAGUGUCUGAAGUUAAACAAAAAAGCUAUCAAUUAG